AGGAAAAUGAUUCAAUGAGGCAAACAGAGUUCAUUUCGGCUGUACAGCAGCUCUAAAAGAAAAUAACGUCAUUGUUCAGUGUUGAUUCAGUUCCAUUCUAAAGAUAAUCAAGUAUUACAUUAGUUCAUUAGUUCAUUUCAUCUAUAAAGCAGCUCUGCAGAAAACAGUGAUGUCAUGAUCCAGCUCAUUUCUCAUCCAAUAGUGUCUGUGAAAGAAUUGGGCUAGUUUUCAGAAGCAAUUGGGCACGUUUUGUUGUGAAAACCUGGCAACCCUGGCCACCACACAUCGGCUGCAUCUGAAAACUUAAAAAUGCUGCCUUCGGAGGAUGCAUUCCAAGGUAGGAAGGCAUCAAAGCACGUCUGAAUCCAAAGUUAGCUUUACUUCCUGUCUCAUGAGAUGUCUUCAUCUGAUGGAUUUUUGAAAGCAGUAUAGAUGUGUCCGUCCCUGCCUUUGACAUCCCACAAUCCUGUGCUUUCCAUUCUGUGACAGCUGAGCUAAAAAAAUAAAAUAAAUAUGGCUUCUGAAAGUUGGGGUUGGUCAUCAGUUUGUGUGUAAAUGUACAUUUUUGACCAAUGUUUUCCACUUUUGAUGUCAUUUCUAGUGAGAAAUAACUAUUGUAGUAAUAAAAUAUUCACUUAUUUAUCAUCAAAUCUCAUGCUAUUUUACUGUAGAUCAUAAAACCAAUACGCUGCCUCAGAAGUCUGACCGUUUUAUGGCUCUUUAAUUUGUCGUGACAGAUCGCUGUAGCACCUCAGUUCAAGCGGCUCGUGACCUGAUCAUCUCUUCCUACUAAUUCAUUUAUACUUAAUUUAUAUUAAUUUAUCUACUAACACCAGUUGACAUUAUAGUAGGUAAAUGAUGAUGAAAUUCUCAUUUUUGGCUGAACUAACCUAUUUUGAAAUUUAAAGCCACGAUUUUUCCUCUUUGUCGCCAUCUCUUGUUUGAAACCUGCAAUUGCAGUCAAAUGCGGUUAUCUGUAUGUGCGUUGUGCCUCGGUACAGCUCGUCAAGCGCGGAUGAAUCUAAUGCUUGCUGUCAGUCACCGCACCGGCGUGGAUACUGUACUUUAGAAGCACAGAUUCUGCGUCCUGAAAGUAUGACCAAAAUAAGAAUUUUCACUGGAAAAUAUCAUCUGAACAAUUAGAAAACUACAUCCAGCAGAAGACAGGGAUGGUGCAUAUUCAAGCUGAUGCUGUCCAUAACCAGACGGCCACUAUGCUGGAGAUCGGCACCAAUCUGCUCAGCCAAACCGCUGAACAAACCAGAAAACUCAAUGUGGUUGAGGCCAAGGUUCUGAACCAGACAUCAAGAAUUGCAAUUCAGUUAUUAGAGAAUUCACUGUCAACAAACAAACUGGAGAAGGAGCUCUUAACACAGAUUUCAGAAAUCUCAAAACUUCGAGACAAGAACAGUCGUUUGGAGAGUAAAGUCUUAGUCCUGGAGUCGCAGCAGAGGACAGAGUUGGAGGACAUGAGGGAGGAGAAAGAGCGACUGCAGGACCUGGUGAAGAAACAGACAGCCGCCAUUACGGCUCUGGAGAGACAGCUGAGAGCGGCCAGCAGCAAUAACUCAGCCCUGCAAAGACAGCAUCAGCAGCUUAUGAAGUCCGUGCACACGCUUAUUGGCAUGGUGUCUUCUGGGACAGGCCUCUCACCAAACGAGCAGCGCUUCCGAGACUGUGCCGAGGCCUAUAAAUCUGGUCACAACACCAGUGGAGUCUACCACAUUUUCAUCGGAGACAUGACUGAGCCAACCAAGGUCUUUUGUGAUAUGGUGACAAGUGGAGGUGGCUGGACAGUAUUCCAACGCAGAGCUAAUGGAAGUGUGAACUUCCAGAAAGGCUGGAAAGAAUACAAACUGGGAUUUGGUGAUCCUAGCGGAGAGCACUGGUUGGGUAAUGAGGCUGUUCACCUGAUCACCAGUCAAGCCCAGUACUCCCUCAGAGUGGAACUUAAGGACUGGGAGGAGAAUGGUGCCUAUGCACUGUAUGACAAAUUUCAGCUGGCCAGUGAAAAACAGCAGUACAGACUCUUAAUAGGGAGCUACAGCGGAACAUCUGGACAGCAAAGUAGCUUAGCAGCAAACGGCACAGGUUUCAGCACUCGUGAUGCUGACAAUGACAAGUGCGUUUGCAAGUGCGCCCUCAUGAUGACUGGAGGCUGGUGGUUUGAUGCUUGCGGUCUGUCCAACCUUAAUGGAAUCUACUACACCGUGGGUCACAACAUCCGCAAGCUCAAUGGCAUUAAGUGGCAUCACUUCCGAGGACCCAGCUAUUCGCUCCAGUCCACUUCAAUGAUGAUCCGACCAGCUGAUUUCUGAAGUGAAUGAAGCUUGUCAUGUUGUCUGAAUGACAGGACUUCAAGCAGCUUGCUUUAGGACAUAGAAGCAACGAGGUAGAGACAGAUAAAGAUGUCAUUUAAUGGAUGAACGGUGAUGUUGGAGCUGGAGCAAAGCAAUCAGACUGAAAAUUCAGCUUCAUUCCAAAAAUCUUUUUACAAAUGCAAACAUGCUUCACCUUCACAGCUGAAAUUCAUAUGUCGCUCAUAACCUAAAACAUUCUCAGUGAUGGCCACGGCGACUUUCGUUGUACUCUCAUGGAGUUAGAACAUUGUUUGUGGCAUGAAAAAAUUCCAAAGGAAUACCUUUCGAACUUUAUGAGACUAAAGGCUCAUGAGCCUCACUAGAUUCCAGAACUGUUCUGGAUGUUCCAGAGGAAUAUCAGAGGCUCCUUCAUGUCUGAGAGGUUCUAUACUAUUUUGUAAAAGAUAAUAGCUGUUAUAGCGAGGCAGCUGACAAUGUAGAUACACUACUGUUCAAACGUUUGGGUUUUUUUAAAACAUUUUUUUUUGUUGUUUUUUGUUAAAGAAAAUGCUCACCAGGGCUGCAUUUAUUUGAUAAACAACAAUAAAAAUAGCAA